ACGCAAACUUAUAACUCUCAUGUAAAAAAAAAUGUACAUCAGUUACCAAUUGAAAGAUUUCUCUGUUGACUCGAAGAUAUGAUGGCGUUCAAAUUUAAGUGAAAUUUGAAAUCAGGCGAUUGCAGUCAGCCAUCCGCUUAAUUUCCCUUACCACGUUUUCUAUUUGUAGAUUCUUCAGCGAAGGUGUCUGCCGGAAAGUUACUAAUCAUUGAAGCGGAUACGAAAUGAGUGGCAUUUAUUCAACUCGGCAUCAAAUAGUAGUCGAGAAAGAGGUCAAGCAAUUUAACCAAAACUCGCCUUUAUGCUUGGACAGGCACAGUCUUCGUUAAAAAUAACCGGGUGACCUAGUUUGUCCUUGACAUUGAACAUCUUUCAUUUGGUAACUUUCGUAGGUAAUCAUAGCCGUUCUCUAUUUCUUUCGAGCAUAAUGACAAAUUUUAUGUGCGAUAUCGUACCCGAUGCUCCUAAUUAAAGUGAUAUUACUGACUCCCUAAUGGUGCUAAACCGAGUGGAAGUGACAUUGUGUUAUGCAGUUUUUCAGAUUUGUCUGUGUUUACAAUGCUUUCAAUGUUUGGUAUUGCGCUUGGUUCAGAAUGGAAAGACGUCUACAUUCAACUAUACAGCAAAUGGAUUAACAAUCAGUUUAGAUGAUAAAGAAAAAUGCAUGCCAGACAUCGGUUGUUUCAGCGCCGGCCCGCCCUUUUUCCACGCUCUCAACAGGCCGAUCAGCCUUUUACCUCAGGACAGGGACGACGUUGCCACAGCCUUUUUGCUUUAUACCAGAAAGAAUCCCCACAUAUUCCAGUUCCUGAGAGCAGGAGAUCUCAUCAGCAUUCUAGAAUCCGACUUUCUAUUGGAGACGGAGACAAAAAUCAUCAUCCCUGGCUGGAUGGAUAAUAUGAAAGUCUCCAAUUGGAUGCAGGAUAUGAAAGACGCAUUGCUGAACUACAAAGAUUGCAAUGUUAUCAUCGUCGAUUGGAGCAAAUCGAACGGAAUUCCUUUUGCGCUGGCUGUAGCCAACACAAGAGUAGUUGGUGCUGAAAUUGCUCUGUUGAUCAACUUUUUGCAGGACUCUUUCGGAGUGAAACCAGAAUCCUGUCAUAUCAUUGGUCACAGCUUAGGAACCGAGAUAGCUGGUUAUGCCGGCGAAAGAAUCAAUAAUCUGGGUAGAAUAACAGCUCUAGAUCCUGCUGGACCUUACUUCAGAAAUGUUUCCACAAUGGUGAGGCUGGACCCAUCAGACGCUCUUUUUGUUGACGCGAUCCACACUCAUUCCAGCGACGUUGAGGAUGACAAGCCCAGUCGUUUCCAACCGACAGGUCACAUUGAUUUCUAUCCUAAUGGAGGACAAAGCCAGCCGGGAUAUCCAACUUCAUUUGUGGACACUUUUCUGAAAAAAGGUGUUCUAGCAGUUGCUCGCAACUUCGUGGUAUGUGACCAUUACCGAGCCAUCGAUUAUUUUAUGGCAACCAUUCCUAACCAUUAUGGAUGCCAGCCAGUAGGUGUGGUUUGCGAUUCUUGGGAAAGGUUCAUUGAUGGAAAAUGCUCCGACUGUGGGGUAGAUGGUAGUCAAUGUGCUAUCAUGGGCUUCCAGGCAGAUAUUAAAAAGGAACUUAUCAAAACAUACCCACCUAGGAAAUUCUUCCUUUUCGUAAGCUCGAAGCCCCCGUACUGUGUCCAGCAGUACCACGUGUCAGUUAAACUAGGAAACAAAGGCACGAUUCAACGAACUAUAGGAGAUAUUGUGGUAGUACUGAAAGGUCGUUUCGGAUCUCUCCCUGUGAACGUUAACGGAAGGAAUGGACUGAUAAGUCCAGGCAUGGUUUACAAGACAGUAGUGACAACAGACGAAGACAUAGCAGUAGAACAAAUCACAUUCCGGUGGACGUGUGCAACCUUUACCGUCUCCGAGAGCAUACGCAUCAAUAUCGAACAGCCCGAAGGAUGCAAACUGUACCUACACAGCAUCAUUGUUACAACAUUUACUGCAUCACCAAUGUAAGUAUUUAUUCUAUGUGGG